AUGCAAGGACCAUCUUUCUCUGAGGCUCUGCGUCUGGCCUCAUACUGCCCACCACCUGUACACCCUACCUUUCCAUUCACUUCUCCAGGCACAUUCACUGCACUACACAGUCCUCCUUCCUCAAGCAUUAAAACCCCAAGUCUUGCUACCGCAUCGUCCAAUGAUUAUCCCAGCAGCGCGUCGCUAUCUAGUGCCCUUCCAUCCUCUGCACCGCCUCCACAAGCUUCAGUCCAUCCGUUACUGACGCCCUCUCCUACCGCUUCAUGGUGUGUACGCACAGAUCCCUCCAGAGGUAAGCAGUUCAGUGGUUUGGGGUCUAUACCAACUGGCUUAUCUAUGCUGCGAGAAAAGCGUUCGGAAGUCUUUGAUAAAGAGAGUGUCAACAAGGCCCACAAGGCAUUUACAACACAACAGGACCAGUUACAUCCCAGCACGUCUACGCCAACACCAUCUAACUUUCUGAGGCCAAUGGACGACAGUAGCACAUUGGGUAGACAGGGAAUUACAACUGAGGGUGAGACGCGAAUGCAACUUUUAGAUCUUCAGAGAAAAUAUGAUGCUCUAUUAGCACGUCUUGAUCAGAAGACCAUGACUUCUGAGUCGUUGACAGAAGAACUCAGAUCCAUGCAAGAAGACCUUGACAAAACACGGAAAAGCUGUGUCACUCUAGCAAACAUCGUCCACGAAAUAGCAUAUGACGAAUUUCAGUCUCCGCUUUCGUCUCACAACGAGCUUGAUAGCACAUCUGUUACUGGACCUAGUGUAGAUACGUCUGCGAUAGCGUACACAGUCGACAGCACUACUGAUGUCCAGCCUAUUACAAAGCUCAAGCACAAGAACGUGGUAAAAUUAGAUGAUCCAGUGCAGAGUAUAGACCUAACAAGGACAUCUGAUUCUUUUCAACAAGUACAUGGAGAGCCUACAUCACAUAGCGUCUUCUUGCAAAGUUCUCCAGGCGCAGCUUUAAGAGUUGCUUCCAUUAAAACUCCAAGCAAACAAACACAGAUGAAUAUAGCAAAAGCUACACGUUAUCCCAACGGCUUCACCUCAACGUCUUACAUACCUGAUAAAGAAACAACGGUUAAAGGCACCCCAAUUUCCAGCAUCUCUGAGAACCCUCCACAGACUCAUAGGCUACUAUCAAGUCCAAACACUAGCAUUCCCUCCAGCAGUGGGUCCUCUCGGGCGUCGUCACGCAAGUCUUCAGGCAGAAGAAGCGUUCGAAAGAGUUCGUCACGCAUGCGGAAAAAGCAGAGCACAGGUAAUCAGAGCAACAAACUACAUAUUAUUCAUCGUAAGCAAAUACCAAUGAUAGCAGACUUAAUCACCAGUACUGAAGCAGAGCUCCGCAGCUUUCAGCAGCACUUGGAUGAGGUGCUUAAAAUUGCCAAGGAGGAUCCCAACAGAACGUGGGAGCGCGGCGAAGAAAUAAGGCUUCUCUGCCAGGCAAUCUCAGCCAAAAAGUCGGCUCUCAAUAAGCUAUGGAUCCUACGCGGAGAAACUGAUAAAGCUCUGGACGCGAUGGAGUCCGACAUUAACCAAAUACAUGCAUUAGGACAUAGAAUACAGGCACGGUUGAAGGCUCAUGACCACCCCCAAAGUGUACAUGCUUGUAGAUCAAGUAGCGCCAAAACAGCUAGCUUGAAAACCUAUGACAGUCCUCAGACACGGCGCUUUAGCAAAAGUGCCCGAGUCAGUUCCACAAAUACCAUUGAAAGCAUUUAUCCGUUGGCAUCUGGGACUCGGCCCAGGUCCAUCUCUGCUUCCAAACGGCAUGAAAAAUGUAUAGCGAGGCCUGUGUUUGAGCAAUUUAAGGCCCGACCCAAUCCAUUUCCACCGUGA